UGUCUGGAGUGAGUGAUGAGCAAUGGCUUGUGCUUUUUAGAGGGGGAGAGAUUUUUUUUUUCUGCAUUGUUUGUUUACGGUUGUGGUAGAGCCUCAGAGUUCAGCACACCAGAGUUACGAACUGACCAGUCGACCACGCGCCUCAUUUGGAACUGGAAGUACACAAUCAGGCAGCAGAAGAGACAAAAAACAACAAAUACAGAACAGUGCUGUGUUAAAGGAUUCCACCUGAGCGGGACAGUAACGGAGCCGGCAACGGCGACAGAACCAGAGAUGACCUACAAAGUCGCCAUCAGCUUCGACCGCUGCAAGAUCACUUCCGUGACGUGCGGCUGCGGGAACAAAGACAUUUUUUACUGCGCGCACGUGGUGGCGCUCUCGCUGUACAGGAUCCGCAAGCCAGAGCAGGUCAAACUCCGUCUUCCCAUCUCAGAGACCCUUUUCCAGAUGAACAGGGACCAGCUACAAAAGUUUGUUCAGUAUUUAAUCACAGAGCACCACACCGAGGUACUGCCAACUGCCCAGAAACUGGCUGAUGACAUCCUGUCCUCCAACUCUGAGAUCAACCAAACGCAUGGUGCGCCAGACCCCACCGCUGGGGCCAGCAUCGACGACGAAAACUGCUGGCAUUUGGACGAGGAGCAAGUGAGAGAACAAGUGAAGCUGUUCCUGUCUCAGGGCGGGUACUACGGCUCUGGGAAGCAGCUCAACUCCAUGUUCGCCAAGGUCCGCGAGAUGCUGCGCAUGAGAGAUUCCAACGGCGCCAGGAUGCUGACGCUAAUAACGGAGCAGUUCAUGGCAGAUCCCCGGCUCUCCCUCUGGAGGCAGCAGGGAACGGGCAUGACGGACAAGUGCAGGCAGCUCUGGGACGAGCUGGGGGCCCUGUGGGUGUGUGUCGUGUUAAAUCCGCACUGCAAGCUCGAAGAGAAAUCCUGCUGGCUCCGGCAGCUCCGGAAGUGGGGCGACAUGGACGUGUGCCCGUUGGAGGACGGCAGUUACGGCAACGAGCUUCCCAACAUCACCAACGCACUGACGCAGAGCUCAAAUCACAGCCAAGACUCCCUGGCACGGCCGAGACGGACGGUGUUCACCCGCGCCAUGGAGGGCUGCGACCUGCACUGGCAGGACAGCCACUUGCAGCGGAUAAUCAGCAGCGAUUUCUACGUGUCUCCUUCGUACCAGCGGGAUGGUGAGAGCCUCCUCUUCAAUGCGCAAGGACAGCCGCUGUGGCUAGAGCACGUCCCUACAGCAUGUGCGCGGGUUGAUGCCCUACGUUCCCAUGGGUACCCCAAAGAAGCGCUCCGACUGACUGUUGCCAUAAUCAAUACACUGAGAUUGCAGCAGCAAAGGCAGCUGGAAAUUUACAAACAUCAGAAGAAAGAAUUACUGCAGAGGGGAGCCACCACCAUCACAAACCUGGAGGGCUGGGUCGGGCACCCUCUGAACCCCGUUGGCUGCUUGUUCCUCACCUUGACGGAGGCUUGUAGAUUAGAAGAGGAAAAUUGCCUUGAAAUUUCAGAUGCCGGCGACGCCAAGCCCCCGGUGUAUCAGCACGUGCCUGUGGCGACUGGUUGCCAGGACAGCGGCGAGUCCUACCUGUCCCUUGCCUUAGAGGUGGCUCUGAUGGGGAUGGGGCAGCAGCGGGUGAUGCCCGAGGGGCUAUACGCACAGGAUAAAGUGUGCCGCAACGAAGAGCAGAUCAUCGCCCGGCUGCAGGAGCUGGAGCUGGACGCGGUGCUGGUGCAGACCCUUCGGAAGCAGUGUAUCUUGCUGCUGGAAGGUGGUCCCUUCAGCGGCCUGGGAGAAGUGAUCCAGCGGGAGAGCGUUCCCAUGCACACCUUCGCCAAGUACCUGUUCUCCGCCUUGCUGCCGCACGACGCAGACCUGGCCUACAAGCUGGCGCUCCGGGCCAUGAGGCUGCCCGUGCUGGAGACGACCGCUCCCUCCGGAGACGUCACCCACCCUCACCACCUGGUGUCGGUCGUGCCCAGCAGGUACCCCCGGUGGUUUACCCUGGGCCACUUGGAAUCGCAGCAGUGUGAACUGGCCUCCACCAUGCUGACGGCAGCUAAAGGUGACAUGCUGCGGUUACGCACCGUCCUGGAAGCGAUCCAGAAGAACAUCCACUCCUCGUCCUUGAUCUUCAAGCUGGCCCAGGACGCCUUUAAGAUCGCCACGCCCGCGGACAGCAACCCCGACACCACCCUGCUCAACGUGGCGCUGGAGCUGGGGCUGCAGGUCAUGCGGAUGACUCUGUCCACCCUGAACUGGAGGCGAAGGGAGAUGGUGCGGUGGCUGGUCACCUGUGCGACGGAAGUGGGUGUGCGGGCGCUGCUCAGCAUCCUGCAGAACUGGUACACGCUCUUCACCCCCACGGAAGCCACCAGCAUCGUGGCGGCGACGGUGAUGUCCCACAACACCAUCCUGCGGCUGAGCCUGGACUACCCGCAGCGCGAGGAGCUGGCCGGCUGCGCCCGCACCCUGGCCCUGCAGUGUGCCAUGAAGGACCCCCAGAACUGCGCCCUCUCCGCCCUCACGCUGUGCGAGAAAGACCACAUCGCCUUCGAGACGGCCUACCAGAUCGUCAUCGACGCCGCCGCCACGGGCAUGACCUACUCGCAGCUCUUCACCAUCGCCCGCUACAUGGAGCACCGGGGCUACCCGCUGCGGGCCUUCAAACUGGCCUCGCUGGCCAUGACGCACCUCAACCUCGCCUACAACCAGGACACCCACCCGGCCAUCAACGACGUCCUGUGGGCCUGCGCGCUGAGCCACUCCUUGGGCAAGAACGAGCUGGCGGCCAUCAUCCCCCUGGUGGUGAAGAGCGUGCACUGCGCCACGGUGCUGUCGGACAUCCUGCGGCGCUGCACCAUGACGGCCCCGGGCCUGGCCGGCAUUCCCGGCCGCAGGAACUCUGGCAAACUGAUGUCCACCGACAAGGCUCCCUUGCGCCAGCUGCUGGACGCCACGAUAAGCGCUUACAUCAACACCACCCACUCCAGGCUCACCCACAUCAGCCCUCGGCACUACGGCGAGUUCAUCGAGUUCCUCAGCAAAGCCAGGGAGACCUUCCUCCUGGCCCAGGAUGGCCACCUCCAGUUCGCGCAGUUCAUAGACAAUCUCAAACAGAUCUACAAAGGCAAGAAAAAACUGAUGAUGCUGGUGCGGGAGCGGUUUGGGUGAGCUCCCGCCGGCGCUGGCAGGGUUCGGCAGGGGCACUACACGCAGAAGAAAGGAAAAUCUAACUGCAAUUGGCAAAGCAGAGGGUUUUUGUUCUUUUGGUGGAUUUAACCGUUUCACAUCCUGCGAGGAUUCCAACGUUCUUCGGGCACAUCAGACCAAAAGACAAGCAUGGGAAGAACACUUUACUCAGUAUCCUACGCUCCGGAGUGUAUAACCGUUUAAUACCAAAAGCUAACCUGGAAAUCUAAUACCUCUUUCCUAAAGGAAGCGUUCGCUGGCUGGUCACAAGGUUGCCAAGCAAAAAGGAAAGAAUAAAAAUCGAAAGCAAAAGAGAAACGCAACACUAAACCUCAUGUGUCACCAAAAGCGAUGGCUUUGCAGCGCCGUGCGCACCCUGCGGAGACGUGAAACUCCUCUUCUCCAUUCGUGAAGAUCCGUAAAGAAAAACUAGAGUAACUGUUCUCAGGGAUUGCUUACUAAAAGUAACAAAAACAAAAAAAGCAUUUAUUAUACUGUAAAUACUAUAGUAUAUGUGUCAAUUAUUAAAUUGUAAAGUUAUAAUUA